AUGUCGCGCCGGAAGCCGGCCUCCUCCAGUCCAGCGUCUGCAAGGCAGGCUGUUUUGAGCAGAUUCUUCCAGUCUACGGGAAGCCUGAAAUCCACCGCAUCCCCAGCGGGUGCAGCCGAGAAGGCGGACCCUGACUGUGACUCCGCGGCGCCUCUAGCGUCCACGCUGCCGCCGCAGUUGCAGCCACACGUGGUUGCAGAAAUUGACAGACGUAAAAAGAGAGCGCUGGAGAAUGAUGGACCUGUUAAAAAGAAAGCAAGGAAUGUCCAAGAAAAGGAAGAAGGAAGUGAUUCUGUAAUGUCUGGGAACUCUGAGCCCAAGAAACAUCUGAGGACCAGGACUGUUUUAAAGUCUCUGGAAAAACUGAAAGAAUUCUGCUGCGAUUCUGCCCUUCCUCAAAAUAGAGUCCAGACAGAACCUCUUCAGAAGAAGUUUGCAGUUCUGCCAAAAUGUACUGAUUUUGAGGAUAUUGAUCUUCUACGUGCAAAGAAUGCAGUUUCUUCUGAAGAUUCCAAAUCCCAAACUAGCCAAAAGGAUAAGACAGUCAGCCAUUUUGGACCAUCACAAAGGAGUUAUGAAAACCUACAGAAAACAUCUGAUUCUAAACCAUCUAAUAAACGGACUAAAAGCAUCUACACACCCUUAGAAUUACAAUACUUAGAAAUGAAGCAGCAGCAGAAAGAUGCAAUUUUGUGUGUGGAAUGUGGAUAUAAGUAUAGAUUCUUUGGGGAAGAUGCAGAGAUUGCAGCCCAGGAGCUCAAUAUCUAUUGCCAUUUAGAUCACAACUUUAUGACAGCAAGCAUACCUACUCACCGACUGUUUGUUCACGUACGCCGCCUUGUGGCCAAAGGAUAUAAGGUGGGAGUUAAGAUAUCCUUUUUGAUCAAGCUGGAUGAUGCUGUAAAUGUCGAUGAGGUAAUGACUGAUACUUCUACCAGCUAUCUUCUGUGUAUCUGUGAAAACAAAGAAAACGUUAAAGACAAAAAAAAGGGGAGCGUUUCCAUUGGAGUUGUGGGAGUACAGCCCACCACAGGUGAGGUUGUGUUCGACAGUUUCCAGGACUCCGCUUCCCGUUCAGAACUUGAAACUCGGAUACUGUGCCUGCAGCCAGUGGAGCUGCUGCUUCCGUCAGAUUUGUCGGAGCAAACGGAGAUGCUCAUCCACCGGGUCACGGCUAUGAGUGUGCGGGAUGACAGAAUUCGAGUAGAAAGGAUGAAGAACGUGUAUUUUGAGUACAGCCAUGCUUUCCAAGAGGUUACAGAAUUUUAUGCAAAAGAUGUAGUCGACAUUAAAGAUUCUCAAAGUUUUUCUGACAUCAUUAACUUGGAGAAGCCUGUGAUUUGCUCUUUGGCUGCCAUAAUAAGAUACCUCAAAGAGUUUAACUUGGAAAAGGUGCUUUCCAAACCCAAGAAUUUUAAACAGUUGUCAGGUGAAAUGGAGUUCAUGACAAUUAAUGGAACAACAUUAAGGAACCUGGAAAUCCUUCAGAAUCAGACUGAUAUGAAAACAAAAGGAAGUUUAUUUUGGGUUUUAGACCAUACUAAAACUUCAUUUGGGAGGCGCAAGUUAAAGAAGUGGGUGACCCAGCCGCUCCUUAAAUUAAGGGAAAUAAAUGCUCGACUUGAUGCUGUAUCUGAAGUUCUCCAUUCAGAAUCCAGUGUGUUUGGUCAGAUAGAAAAUCAUCUACGUAAAUUGCCUGACAUAGAGAGAGGACUCUGUAGCAUUUAUCACAAAAAAUGUUCUACGCAGGAGUUCUUCCUGAUUGUCAAAACCCUGUAUCACUUGAGGUCAGAAUUUCAAGCACUAAUACCUGCUGUGAAUUCCCAUGUUGAGUCAGAGUUGCUCCAGACAUUUAUUUUAGAAAUUCCUGAACUCCUCAGUCCAGUGGAGCAUUACUUAAAGAUACUCAAUGAACAGGCUGCCAAGAUUGGAGAUAAAACUGAAUUAUUCAAAGAUCUUUCUGACUUCCCUUUAAUAAAAAAGAGGAAGGAUGAAAUUCAAGACGUUACCCACAAGAUCCAAACACAUUUGCAAGAAAUACGAAAAAUACUAAAAAAUCCUUCUGCACAAUAUGUGACUGUAUCAGGACAGGAGUUUAUGAUUGAAGUAAAGAAUUCUGCUGUAUCUUGUAUACCAGCUGAUUGGGUUAAGGUUGGAAGCACAAAAGCUGUGAGCCGCUUUCACUCUCCUUUUAUUGUAGAAAAUUACAGACAUCUGAAUCAGCUCCGGGAGCAGCUAGUCCUUGACUGCAGUGCUGAAUGGCUUGCUUUUCUAGAGAGUUUCAGUGAACAUUAUCACUCCUUGUGUAAAGCAGUCCAUCACCUAGCAACGGUUGACUGCAUUUUCUCCCUGGCCAAGGUUGCUAAGCAAGGAGAUUACUGCAGACCAGCUCUACAAGAAGAAAGGAAAAUCCUAAUAAAAAAUGGCCGGCACCCUGUGAUUGACGUGCUGCUGGGAGAGCAGGACCAGUUUGUUCCCAACAGUACAGAUUUGUCAGGGGACUCAGAGAGAGUCAUGAUAAUUACUGGACCAAACAUGGGUGGAAAAAGCUCGUACAUAAAACAGGUUGCAUUGAUUACUGUCAUGGCUCAGAUUGGCUCCUAUGUACCUGCAGAGGAAGCAACAAUUGGAAUUGUGGAUGGCAUUUUCACAAGGAUGGGAGCUGCGGAUAACAUAUAUAAAGGACAGAGUACAUUUAUGGAAGAACUGACCGACACAGCAGAAAUAAUAAGAAAAGCAACACCGCAGUCUCUGGUUAUCUUGGAUGAAUUGGGAAGGGGGACGAGCACCCAUGAUGGAAUCGCCAUUGCUUAUGCUACACUUGAACAUUUCAUUAGAGAUGUGAAAUCCUUAACCCUGUUUGUUACCCAUUAUCCACCAGUUUGUGAACUAGAAAAAAGUUACUCACAACAGGUGGGGAAUUAUCACAUGGGAUUUUUGGUCAACGAGGAUGAAAGCAAACAGGAUGCAGGUGAAGAAGACCAGGUCCCUGAUUCUGUCACAUUUCUUUAUCAAAUAACCAGAGGAAUUGCAGCAAGGAGUUAUGGACUCAAUGUGGCUAAACUAGCAGAUGUUCCUGGAGAAAUUUUAAAGAAAGCAGCUAGCAAGUCCAAAGAGCUGGAAGGAUUAGUAAAUAUGAAAAGGAAAAAGCUAAAGUGUUUUGCGAAGCUUUGGACGAUAGAUGAUGCAAAAGGCUUGCAAAAGUGGACAGAAGAAGAAAUUACAGACUUCUCUUUGUGA